AUGGAGAGUAUUUUAGAACAACAACGCAAAGCCCACGAAGAAAUCGAACGGUUAGAGCAGGCUAUCGUUGAUCAGUUUAUGAACGAUCCGAAAUCUCAUAAGGAAAGAUUAGCUCGUGAACAUCGCGUUAGCGAUUUUCUUGAUAGGAUCAGUUCGAGAAGCAAAUUUUUAUAUGAACUUUAUAUUGAUUCAGACGGGGCACGUAAAACUGAAAUUGAUGCCUUGUCUGGAACUUCAGAAUUUAGCGAAUUCUAUGGUCGUCUUAAAGCAAUAAAAGAUUACCAUCGUCGAUAUCCUAAUGAAACAGUUGAACCUUUAGAGCUAGAAUUUAUUAAUCAAACAAAAUCAAAUGGAGAAGAAGAUGAACUUGAUAAACUUUUUUCUGGAGAAGAAGGGUGUGGUCGAUUUUUAGACUUACAUGCCCUCCAUGAACAAUAUGUGAAUUUAAAAAACGUAAAAAAGAUAGAUUAUUUAACUUAUUUGAGUGAAUUUGAUAAUUUUGUUGAUUAUCCCAAGGAAAAUAAACACGGAGAAUACAUUAAAUAUUUGGAGGACUUGCGUAGUUAUUUAGAGAGCUUUUUCAAAAGGGUGAAACCACUUUCUAACUUAGAAGAUAUUAAAGAAACGACUCAAAAAAAUUUUUUUCAACAAUGGGAAAGUGGAAAAUUCCAAGGCUGGGAAAAACAGAUCGGUUCAGACGAAGACAAUGGCUUGUUUUGUGCAGCUUGUCGUAAGGCCUAUACGAAACAAACCGUAUUUGAUGCACAUUUAAAAAGUAAAAAACACAUAAAAGCUGCUGGUGCAAUGGUAGAACAAGGAAUCAUUUCUAUAAACCAAGAAACACAAGAUAAAUUACUUAAAGAAGCGGCAAAAGAGAGAGAUGACCGGGAAAAAGAAGUCGCAUUUACAGAAGCGUUGAUACGCAAAUAUGCGGAAAUAUUGAGUAUGCAGCGAGAAGACACUAAAGCAAAUGUGGAAAGGAAACGAGCCUUAACUGACAGAGAGCGUAGAAUGGAAUUAGAAGCGGAAGAAGUAGAUGAUAUAGAAUCUGAGUCGGAAGAUGAGGACAAAAUUUAUAAUCCUCUGAAAUUGCCUCUUGGGUGGGAUGGUAAACCAAUUCCAUACUGGCUUUAUAAACUACAUGGACUUGGGGUUGAAUAUCCAUGCGAAAUAUGUGGCAACUAUGUUUACAUGGGCAGAAAAGCUUUUGAUAGGCAUUUUCAGGAAUGGAGGCAUGCACAUGGUAUGAGAUGUUUGGGUAUACCAAAUACGCGACAUUUCCAUGAAAUCACGUUGAUAGAAGACGCAUAUGCCUUAUGGGAGAAACUAAAAAGUACCGGUAAAACAGACGAAUUCAAACCAGAUACAAUGGAGGAAUUUGAAGAUCAGGAUGGAAAUGUUUUCAAUAAGAAGACUUAUGACGACUUGAAAAGACAAGGGCUAUUGUAA